UUUAUAGCCUAUUUAGUUUUCGGCCUGGGCACCGGUCUGGCUACCUUGACCCGGAAUAUCUACGUGAUCCUGUCGCUCUGUGUCACUUACGGCGUGCUGUUCUCCACCCUUUGCACACUCCCUUAUUCCUUGCUGUGUGACUACUAUCAAAGUAAGCAGUUUGCCGGCACUGACAAAGAUGGCACUAAACGAGGCAUGGGUGUUGAUAUCUCCCUCCUGAGCUGUCAAUAUUUCCUGGCCCAGAUUCUGGUCUCGAUCGUCAUGGGUCCUUUAACGGCCGCGGUGGGCAGUGCCAAUGGGGUGAUGUACUUUGCCAGCGUGGUUUCUUUCGUGGGCUGCCUGUAUUCCUCGCUCUGCGUCUUUUACGAAAUGCCCCCAGGGGAGGAACUGGCUGAAGAACAGCAACCUCUGAUGUUGAGCAUAUGAAGGAGUGCAAAAAAAAUAAAUAAAUUAGCAAUUCAGGCCCCAUGUACCAUGCUCUCUUUCUCUCU